AUGGGCAACUUUCACACUGCCAGCAAGCUCCUCGUAGCUGCUCUCGCCAGCAUUGGCACCGCAACGCCGGUUUUCAACAACACCACCAAGCCCACCUGUGGGAGUCCUCUCCUCGAAGACUUUGACUCUCUGGGCGCGUGGUUCGAGGGCGUCAACGCCAUCAACUGCACAUCCAUCCCGCGUCGCGAAAAUGCCACAAUUGCCAUCAUCGGCGGCGGCGUCUCAGGCCUCGCCACGGCGCUCAUGCUCGACAGCGUCGGCAUGCACAACUGGGAGAUAGUCGAGGCCAGCGAGCGCGUCGGCGGGCGCUUCCGCACCAAGUUUGUCGGCGGCACCGACGAGUUUGCCGAGAUGGGCCCCAUGCGGCUGCCCUGGAGCAUCACGUACAAGAGCGACAACAGCACGCACGCCUACACGGACCACCGCAUGACGUUUCAGCUCGCCGACACGCUCAACCGCCUCAACGGCGACGACCCCCGGUACAAAAUCGGCUUCAUCCCCUGGAUACAGCACCACCCCAACGAGCUGCUCGCCCGCGGCACCGGCCGUCAUCCGGACGGCCGCGUCCCGACCCGCGCUGAGAUUGCGGCCGACCCGAGCCUGGGGAAGAAGGCGCCCAUGGACACGGCCGAGUACAAGGACACCAAGGCCAAGAUGAACGCCAUUCUCAAAAAGGAGGAGACGCUCCGCUUCAUACAGCGCGACGUCUGGCGUGCGCACGCCUGGGCCAUGAACCAGGGGCUCGACGACCUCAGCGAGCAGGCGUUUAUGCGUGCCACGUUGCACGCAGGUGAGAAUGUCACCGACGCCAUCUGGACCGACACCGACUACGACAUCUUCUGGGACGAGCUGCACCACAACUCCAACCUCGCGCAGGACGGCUCCGCAGGCACCCUCGGCGAGACGGAGUGGAAGUGCGUCGACGGUGGUUUCGACCGCAUCACCGACGCCUUUGUCCCACACGUCCGCGACCGCCUGACGCUCAACCGCAAGAUCCGCAAGAUUGAGCCAAUUUACAACUCUCAAAACAACCAGACGACGACGGGCACCCGCCUCUCCUGGUACCCGAGCGUGGCCAACCGCACGCUGCUGCACAAGGACUACGACUACGCCAUCGUGGCGGUGCCCUUUACCAUGACGCGCUUCAUGGACCUCCCGCCGUUCUCCUCCGUCCUCGGCCGCGCCAUCAGCGAGGCCGGACUGCGCUUCAAGUCGGCGUGCAAGCUCGCGCUGCUCUUCUCCGAGCGCUUCUGGGAAAACGGCGAGCGGCCCAUCUUUGGCGGCUACUCGCAGCCCGCGUCCAACGCCGUCGGCGCGCUGUACUACCCCGUCUACGGGCUCAACGAGUCCUCCCCCCGGCCGGGCCUCAUCACGCAGUACCGCGGCGGCGACUGGAGCGACCGCUACGUCAGCUUCACCGACGACGAGUACGCGCAGACGGUGCUCGACGCCGUCGUCAGCCUGCACGGCGAGCAGGCCCGCCGGCACUACACGGGCCAGUACGAGAAGCUCUGCUGGCUCGAGGACGAGCACACGGCCACGUCGUGGUGCCGGCCGGACAUUGAGCAGCACCGGCUGUACAUUCCCGCGUACCACCGCACCGAGUUCAACACAAUCUUCAUUGGCGAGCACACGGCGCCGACGCACGCUUGGAUCAGCUCGUCGCUGCACUCGUCGGUGCGCGGCACGGUGCAGCUGCUGCUGGAGCUGGGCAUGGUGGACGAGGCGAAAAAAGUCAACAGGGAGUGGAUGGGCCAAUGGAUUCACGGCGCAUAG